AGUCGUAUUAAAAAUAAAAAACAGUGACGCGUAUAUUUUAACAGAGAGUAAAAAUCGUUAAAAAUAUAUUCGAGUGCAUUUUGAGCAUUUAUUGACGUUUAAUUGCCUUAUCGAUUGACUGGCGUGUCGCGUGGCAACUCUGAACUGUACUUCUGAUACAGAUAAAAAACUAUUGACUAUUGAACCGUCUAUCUAUAAUCGAGAAAUUGCGCGCUAAUUCCCACAUUGGUUAGCAAUCGUCGUCGAACCCAAAUCAAAAUAAACAACCAGAUCGCAAUCCCGUUAAGAUACGAAGAUGAGUGAAGAGGUAUCCGCGUCGCCGGUAGCCAUUGCCGAGCUAAAGUAUGAAGAUGUGUCACAGCUCAAUUUUUCCAAGCUGUACUCGCCCAAGAUGAAGAGCGUCUACUGGCGGUACUUUGGUUUCCCCUCGAACGACAACAACGAGGUGAUAACCAAGCAGAAUGUGGUCUGUAUUAAGUGUCACAAAGUACUCACCAACCACGGAAACACAACCAACCUGCGGGCCCAUCUCCAGCAUCGUCAUAAGGAUCUGUUUAAAGAACUGUGCCAGGAGCACGACAUCCAUGUACCGCCGCGCAAGACCCCGCGCAAUGUAACACAUCCUCCGCUCUCCAAGCGGAAUGUCUCCUCACGCCGGGUCAAGCUGGAGUUUAUCAAUAACCGCAACCACGAUAACGCCUCUGACGAGGAACUGGACGAGGCCGCUGUGGCUACUGCAGCAAUGCAGGCUGAGGAGGACGCCUCCUCGCAGACUAUGCUCUACGAGACCAUGGUGCCGUUUACCUACGACGAAGCCGAAAAUCUGGUCGAAGAGGAGGAGCGAUUGGUUAUGGAACCAAAGUAUGGUCGCAAGCGCAAGGUCGCUACUCCCUCUGGUACAAUAGUCCACGGGCGUGCCAUCAAACACGAGGAUGGAGGCUAUGCCGUGGCCAACAUAGCCAAUCUUGCCGAGGCUCUCACGGACAUCGUGAUUAAGGAUUUGCGCAAUGUAGAGUCCUUGUACGAUCCCGGUUUUAGUGAUUUUGUGCGGCUGGCUAUGGGCAAUUCAGCUCCCAUGCCAGAGCCACACAAGAUCGACUCGUUGAUCAAUGAGAUGCAUGCCUCAAAGUUCUUGGAGAUUGGGGAAAUCACACGAGAGUUUACCUCCGAGAAGCCAUUCUCGUUCGCCUUUGAGCAAUGGAUGAAUGUCGAGCAGCGCCGCUUCCUUAGCAUCUUCCAUUACUAUCUGGAUGAGGAGACCCAGUCGGUUAGGAGCAUGCUUUACGCCACCGUAGAAUACAACGAUUAUAUCAUUUUCGACGAUCUUCUCACUGACUUUUACUUGGCUAACUGUACACUAGCCGUCAUAAACUAUGACGACGAUGAGGACUUGCUGUACACUUAUCUGCGAGAGAAAAAUAUCCCCAUUGUGUUAUGCUAUGUUUCGGUGAUUGAUAAAUGUCUACGACGCGUCUUUGAGCUUGAAGAAGUGGCAACGCUAAUGGAACAAGUGAAAGAUCUUAUGCAGCGUCAUUCGUCGGAGAUUGCCUCCAAGGUAGCUGAGGGGCCCUUGCCCUCGUAUAACGAACACUUCCCCUGGACACUGUACGAAAUGCUCAAGUUCUUUGCGGAGUCAAUCACCUGGUCUGAGGAUAUGGAUCACCUGGUAUUAUCAGCUAAGACAGUAACGGAGGCACUGAGUGCUCUUGUGAUUGCUUUGGACACACUGCGUGGCGAGGAUAUCCCUUUGUGCAGUAUGCUUUCCCCAAUCACUUCAAAGAUUCUCAUAAAGAAGCUGGGGAUUGCCGAGCAAGACGACCCCUUAAUGAUGAAUGUGAAGCGCACAAUUUCCAGCGUUCUUCAGGCCCAUAUUAUAUCUAAUGACAAUCUGACUGCAGCCGCAUUGUUAGAUCCACGCUUCCACCGCCUGACCACAAUUGACAACCUGGAUAGAACAAUUCGUAUGCUGACCAAUAAAUAUAACAAGACCUUUGGAGGCGUGAGCGAGGGUGAGUCCAAUGAAGUGGCGGCCACCAGCAGCGCGGUUGCUAUCAAGGCAGAGCCAAGAAAUCCAGGAAACAGUGCUUCCAGGAGGUCAAAACUAGAAUUGUUGUUUGACAUUGCCGAGAUCCCCAGUCCCCCUAAGAGGGAUGCCGAUAGCAGCGUGGAAACUGAUCUUAAACGUUAUCGCAACGAGGUGGUUGUCCAGUUGGAUGAGUCUCCCAUCGAAUGGUGGCACAAGAUGGGUCACAUCUAUGGAACACUGCGGGACUUGUCCACCCUGUAUCACAGCGUGCCCGGCGUGGUGACUCUUAGUUUCAAGAAGGCGCUUCGAGACCAAAUAUACGACUUCAACAAGCGCUUUAUGCUAAGUGGCAGUCAAAUUGACGCGAUCCUCUUUUUACAUCAUCACAACAAUUAGUUUGCAGUCGCAGCUAGUUGUUUUUAUAUAAUGCAAUUACAUUUAAAUAACUUUAAACUUAAUCCGAUCUUGUUUAUAUGAACAUGACCACCAAGGGCAGGACAAGUACCCUAAUAGCAAUUCCGCCGUACUGUAAACCAGAGUAUAGCCUUGGUUGGACACGGAACGUCUAUAUGUAUCAUCGUAUAAAUGUUAAGAGAAUAUUCUGACAGCAUAGAUCCCAAUGAAAAUAUUAAUCUAAGCAUAUUUGUUAAAUAAAUCGAUAAUCAAUUUAAAUUCC